AAAAAGAAAAAACAAACAGAAAAAGAAAAACUAUGGCUGCUACUCUCCUGACACCAAACACGGCUUUACAACUUCCCCAUUCCAAACCCCAAAGUCCGACAACGAACUUUUGCAGCCUCAAACCACCCAAACACAUAAUAAAACCUGUAAACACUCAACACAACUACCACUCCUCUCUCUGCCUCUGCCAAACUGUUGACGCACUCACGGAUGAGCACUCCAAAGGUCUCCACGUGGCAUGCCGCAUCUACGAAGACCUCCUCCAGUGUUCCAUCGACCAGCGAGCUCUUCAUCUUGGCCUUCAACUUCACGCUCAAGUGAUUAAAAACGGUUAUUAUUACACUGAUGGGAAGAAAGAGUACAUUGAGACGAAGCUGGUGAUUCUCUACACAAAAUGCGGUUCCGUCGAGGCAGCCAACGGUGUCUUUCAUAGGAUGCAGAAACAGAACAUCUUUUCUUGGGCUGCAAUCAUUGGGAUGCACUCUCGAAAUGGUAGUUGCGAGGAGGCUCUGCACUGUUAUGUUCAGAUGCUAGAAAGUGGGUUCCUCCCAGAUAACUUUGUUGUCCCGAAUGCAUUGAAGGCUUGCAGUGUUCUUGGCUGGGUCAGGUUUGGGAGGGGUGUUCAUGGGCUUGCUGCAAAGAUGAUGGGUUUUGAUGGGUGUGCCUUUGUUGCGAGUAGCCUAGUUGACAUGUAUGGGAAAUGCAGGGUUUUAGAGGAUGCACAAAAGGUGUUUGAUUCUAUGCUUGAGAAGAAUGUUAUUGCUUGGAACUCAAUGGUUGCGGUUUAUAUGCAGAAUGGGAUGAACCGCGAAGCAAUUGGACUAUUUCAGAAGAUGAUGUUGGACGGUGUUGAACCAACCCUGGUUUCUUUGGUGGGUUUCCUUUCGGCCUGUGCCAAUUUGGAGGCCGUCGAGGAAGGAAGACAAGGACAUGCACUUGCUAUUUUAGGAGGAUUUGAGUUAGAGAGCAUUUUGGGUAGCACUGUGGUGAACUUCUAUUUUAAGGUGGGUUUGGUUGAGGAGGCUGAGCUUGUGUUUAGACGAAUGGUUGUAAAAGAUGUGGUCACAUGGAAUUUGAUUAUAUCUAGUUAUGUAAGAUGUGGGGAGGUUGAGAAGGCAAUUGAGAUGUGCCAUAUGAUGACAGAAGAAAAUUUGAGGUUUGAUUGUAAGACGCUCUCAUCUUUAUUGCACAUUGCUGCAGAUACAAGAGAUGUAGGACUUGGUAUGGAGGCACACGGGCAUUGCAUUAAGUGUAGCUUCGAUUUUGAUGUGGUUAUUACAAGCGGCAUCAUGGACAUGUAUGCAAAAUGUGGGAGAAUUGAUUAUGCAAGACGAGUUUUCGGUGUUGCCAGAGAAAAGGAUAUUGUGGUGUGGAAUACAAUGUUGGCAGCGUAUGCAGAGUUAGGUCUGAGUGAUGAGGCUUCUAACUUGUUCUUUCAAAUGCAGCAGGAGAACACCCUACCAAAUGUGGUUUCAUGGAAUUCUGUGAUCUUCAGUUUCUUCCAAAGUGGUGAAGUUGUUGAGGCACAAAAUAUGUUAUCAGAAAUGUACUACUCAGGUGUUAAGCCUAACAUGAUCACCUGGACAACUGUUAUAUCUGGUUUCGCUAAGAAUGGUUGUGGUUAUGAAGCUUUUCAGGCUUUCCGGAAAAUGCAGGAAGCAGGUAUGAAACCUAACAGCAUAAGCAUAACUUCUGCACUCUUAGCAUGCAAAAGUAUGGCAUUACUAAAAUAUGGAAAGGCAAUACAUGGGUAUGUAAUGAGGAGUGGCAUGUUUCUCUCUCUUCAUAUCACAACCUCUAUAAUAGACAUGUAUGCAAAAUGUGGAAAUUUGGAAUAUGCAGUAUGUGUUUUCACUCUGUGUUCCAGAAAACAAAUUGCUGUCUACAAUGCAAUGAUAUCUGCCUAUGCAUCACAUGGUCAAGCUAUGGAAGCACUUACUCUUUUUAAACAAUUGGAGAAAGAAUGUAUGGUACCAGAUCACAUAACUAUUACAAGUGUCUUAUCAGCAUGCAGCCAUGCAGGAUUGGUGAAUGAAGCUUUAGGUGUUUUCAAAUAUAUGGUCUCUGGACUUCAUAUGCAGCCAAAUGAGGAACAUUUUGGCUGCUUAAUUAAACUGCUUGCUGAUGAUGGCCAAUGGGAUGAAGCUUUUAGGGUUAUUUUAACAAUGGCAACCUAUCCAGAUGCACAUAUGUUAGGAUCUUUGCUUACAGCUUGUGGACAACACCAGGAGACCGAACUUGCAGCUCGUAUAGCAAAGUGGUUAAUGAAUUUGGAGCCGGAAAAUGCAGGUAAUUAUGUGGCUCUUUCAAAUGUCUAUGCAGCUGAAGCAAGAUGGGAUAAAGUAUCGAUUGUAAGGCGCCUAAUGAAAGAGAAGGGCCUAAGAAAAAUUCCUGGAUGUAGCUGGAUUGAAGUUGGACAAGAACUUCAUGUGUUUACUGCUGGUGAUAGAUCGCACCCUGAAAAUGAUGAAAUUUAUAUCCUAUUGAAUUUGCUGGGAUUGGAAAUUCAGUCUACAAAGUAUGACCCGUAUAAUACUGAGGCAACAUCCUCCACUUGACCACAUUGGAUAUUUAAAGUGACUAUCAUAUUACAAAAUUCAUUUGGAAGAAAGAAACUUGUGUUAAAUGUUAUCGGAUGGUACCAAAGAACCUAGAACAAAGAGGUAGCCUCGUGAUAGUCAUCUGCUUUUGCUGUCACCGUUGCUGCCUGCGUCUUUCCGAUUCACCGCUUCUCCUCUCGCCACUUCCUGCAUUGUCUUGUCUCUCCUCUUGCUGUCGCUCUGCUGUUCUGCUUCUUCUCAGAUUUUAUUUUUGGUACACAUGGACAUGGACUGCUCUUUUUUGACGAACAUAGUACAUUGCAAUGCCAAUUAAAGGCAGUAUAUGUAUUUAGCAGCAGCUUCUAGCAUGAUCCCAAAUAGAAGAUGAGAGUUGUUGCCUGCUUGAUAACUAGAUAGUAGAAUUAUUUGUUGUGUUCUGAAUUCUGAAUUAUUAUGUUCAGGUUAAUCCACACAUUGAAGCAAUGGUGGAAUUGUUAAAGAGACAAUACUUUGUAAUAGUUGAGAUGGUGGGUAUGGCUAGGAGUGGCUUUGUUAGUAUGAUAAAGAUAAAAUGAUUGUGGUGGAGUAACAAAUUUCCAAUGAAUGGUAGAAUGUAAAUUCUCAACUUUUCGUAAGUACAAGUGCAUAUGUCUUAGCUUUUUAAUAUUUAUUGUUUACUUAUUUUUCUUUUAAUUUCAGUCCCAUCCUAAUGAUAAUGGCAUAUGCAACAAACUCUUUCCACAUUUUGGAAAGUUGAGAGUAGCAUUUGGUAGAGAUAGCUCUAGCAGUUGCUAUAUGGAGGCUAAGCGCCAAGCAGACUUGACUGACUUGCUACUUGGAUGCUAAGCGCAAAGCAAACUUGACUGACUUGCAAGUGAGUGGAAACAUCCAUACAAAUUUGGAUGAAAUUGAAACUGAAUAUGAAGCUGAUUCUCAAAAAAUGAUGGAAAAAGAAGCAAAAAGCACAAAAGAAGCAAAGGAAGCUGGUGUACCACUUGGUGCUAUAGACGUGGCACGCCAAGCUUAUGAAACAGAAAGGGUGCUCAACAUUACACAAUGGGCAUGGCACGCCAAUUAUAUUUUUCAGAGAAGGAAGGAAGUUGCAUCACUAUGGGCGUGCCACUUGGUGCUAUUGGCGUGGCACGCCAAACUUCUGAAGUCAAGAUCUCAAAGAAGGCGUGUCACUUGGUAUUUUGGGUGUGGCACGCCAGGCUUUGGUUCCAGAGAAGUGAUUUUGUCCAGCACUAUGGGCGUGGCACGUCGGGGCAUAUGCCAACCUGACCUUCUCUCAUUCAAAUGAAGAUAUCUUGAGCUACACAACUCCAAAUGAGGCGAUUUUAGUGCCAUAAGAAAGUACACAUCCAAAGCUUUCCAACCAUAUAUAACACUUUAUAAUGGACUUUGGAAUUGAGGAAGAUAUUGACACUGAAAACACAAGGAGCACAACACGUUCUUGCAGAGUUACCAGCCUGACCUCUUCAUCUUUAAAGGAACAUAACUUGAGUUGUAGAGGUCCAAAUGAUGUGAUUUUGGUGGCGUUGGAAAGCUGACAUUUAGAGCUUUCCAACGAUAUAUAAUACUCUAUAGUGGACAUUAAAUAUGGAGGUAAAAAAGGCCAUUAUUUCAGCGUUGCAAACCUGGGUGUGGCACGCCAGCUCGAGGGCGUGGCAUGCCAAUUCCUUUCCUAAAAUGCGCGUGGCACGCUAGGUCUUGGGUGUGGCAUGCCAGUUCUAAUGGCCAGAGAGAAAGAUUUAGUGCAUUAUUGAAGGCGUGGCACGCCAGUUUUACAACACAGGGGGCGUGGCAUGCCAAGAAUGGCGUGGCAGACCGGGGUAUUUGACAUACUGACUUUUUCACUUUCAAAUGGACAUAACUUGAGUUACAGAAGUCCAAAUGAGUUGAUUCUAGUGGCGUUAGAAAGCUGACAUCUAGGGUUUUCUAACAAUAUAUAAUACUUUAUAGUGGACAUUCAAUUUGAGACUCAAACAACUCCAUACUUUCAACGUUGCAAAGUGGGUCACAAUCCAAAGAGCAAAUUCUAUUGGGCGUGGCACUUGAACCCACACGCCAACUUCUCCUUGCAGUGCCCAACAUUCAUCCAAGCCCACUCCAACUCUCAUUCAAGCCACAAUUGUCAACCAAUCAAGGCCACCAGAAGCAUCUAGAAUAGUUCAAUUUUCAUUUCAUUGUAAUUUGCUUUUAAUUUUAUUUAAGUUUGUAAUUAGGAGAGUCUAUAUAAAUGCCUUAGUUUCAUAGAAAUGGGAACAUUUUCUGCUAGGGAGAGGUCUUCGGACUCCCUCUUCUCACCAUUCUCUCCUCUUCCACUUUUUUACCUGUAAAUAUUUUAGUUAUAAGUCAAUAACUCUUUCCAUUGGAAAAGAGAGUUCUAUUGUUCUUCAACUUUUCUUUGAUUUGCUUGAAGGAUUUUCGUUUUUCAUGUUAGCAUUCAAUUAUCUUGGAAAAGAGAUUGAAUGUAUUUGGGUUUUAUGUGAACCUUGGAAGAGGAAUCAUAAAAUUAUGCUUGAAAUUCCUUGUUACACUUAAGUAGAUUUGGGUUUUGGGUUUGAUAUUGUGACAUUUAAUCUACUAACUACUUGGGUCUAUGAGGAUGUGUGGUAUAAUCAGGGAACAAGCUUCAUCUUCUCUCAUGAGCAACUAGACCAAGAAAUUGGCUAUUGAUCAAGAUUGGGGAGAUUGAGUUACCAAGAAAUUGGGACUCAAUCACUCAUGAUUGUCAAGAGGCCAAUGAGUUGCAUGAUUGAAGAUGAGAUGAAACCAAUUAAUCCGGAGAAUGCAAUAUUUCUUGAUCUCGAUAUUUAUUUUAUUUUUUUUCUUUUAUUUACUUUAUGGUUAUUUACAUUUUUUGCACUUUACAUUUCCAGCACUUUACUUUCUUGUACUUUACAUUUAUGCCAUUUACUUUCUUGCACUUUAUUGAUUUCCUUUACUUUCAUACAGUUUACAUUUCUUGUUGCUCAUCAUCC